AACACGCCCAGCAGACGCACAGGCACGACACCGCUUCACUAGAUGUCAUUUUGCGAAUUUAUAUUCCUCUUCCGAGAUCACGCUCAACUAAACUUGCCGCGUGUUUGCCUGAGACAGGACAAGCUUCUGUAAGACCCUUAUUCCUGGCGAUCCCUUGCUGGAAGAAGAGCUUUACUUCUGUGAGGUUUUAAAAUGAGUGCUAUAUUCAGCAGUCUGGUGGCAACAUUGUUUCUGCUCAUGGUUUUAAGGGUGGAACAGAUCGCCGAGGCUUGUAGCUGUGCCCCGAACCAUCCCCAGCAAGCUUUCUGUAAUGCAGAUGUAGUGAUAAGGGCGAAAGUGGUUGCAAGUAAAGCAGUGAUUUCUGGGAAUGACAUCUAUGGAAAUCCCAUCCAGAAACUCCAGUAUGAGAUCAAACAGAUAAAGAUGUUUAAAGGACCAGAGCACAACAUUGAAUAUAUUUUCACUGCCACUUCAUCAGCGGUAUGUGGAGUCAUGCUGGAAACAAGUGGGAAAAAAGAAUACCUAAUUACAGGUAAACUGGGCGAAGAUGGAAAUAUGUUAAUUACACUCUGUGAUUUUAUUAAGCAAUGGGAGAUGCUGACUCCCACACAGAAGAAAAGCUUGAAUCAGAGAUAUCAAAUGGGGUGUGAUUGUAAGAUUGUCAGGUGUCCAUCGAUUCCUUGCUACAUUACCUCUCGAAGUGAGUGCCUGUGGACAGACUGGGUGACCGGGAAAAGCAUUAAUGGACGUCAGUCCAAGCACUAUUCUUGCGUUAAGAGGAGCGAUGACUCCUGUGCAUGGUACCGAGGUGUAAAUCAGCCCAAGAAAGAGUUUCUGGAUGUAGAGGAUCCAUAAUUUUAUUCCAUCAAACUCUCUACUCAUCCGAAAAUUUACGUAUAAGUGUUGUCUAUAAUAUGAAAAAUGUAACCCAAAUUUCUUCUGUCCAAUAUAGCAGGUCUGUUUGCUUACUGUUUGGUGUUACCUGUAUGUAACAUGGCAUAUACUUCUCUUGCAUUUUGGCAUCGGCUGUACAGUGUGCAUUUCUCUGACUAGAAUUUGAAAUGCACUUUGGUUUGUUUUAGAAAGCUGCAGCGUUGAAAGUAUUUGGUUAUAGUCUGUGUUAAAUAUGAGGAUUGACUCCUCCACUUAUUUGUAAGUAUUUUUAACCCUUGAAGGCCUAGAGUAGUGCAUUUGCAUUCAUGUCCAGAAAUAACAUUCUUCCCUAUUUUAUUCAGGAAGUGCUGUUGUUUUUGAGAAUUGCAGACUCUAUUCUUGAUCUAAUUUAAGUCUGCCAUGAUAACGUAAUAUUGCAAUUUUAGACUUUGCAUGAAAUAUAUGUUGCAAGCUGAAAGGUAAUCAAUGCUGAAAGAAUUUGAAUAUUUAUUCCUUUUGCAAUGAUAUAACUUCUUCUCCUUCCAUAGUGGUUGUCAUUGUAACAAACAACAGUAAAAUAUUAACCCACUAUGAGCCGUGAUAUUGAUUAUCAUUAAGGCCUUAACUGUGUAAUGAGUAGUGUGAUCAUCUAUAGCUUUUUUUGUGUUUAUCAAGAGAUGUUUAUAUUGGGAAUGGAACUCUUGUCAUUUCUAGGCACCCAACAUUUGUUUGCAGCUCUUCGUGCAGAUAAUGCUGCCAGAUACAGAUUAAACUUUGUCUUCCUUUUCCUUGCCCACAACAACAAUUAACAUUGUAUGUGUAACAUAUAAAACAACCCACAGCACUUGUGUGGAAUGUUAUUAGACAAUUUAACAUGAUUCUCACAGGAGACAGGUGACCAAAACUUGGUUUUAAGGAGUGUUGUAAUGAAUGGAGAUAGUUCGAGAGAAGCAGAAAGGCUUAAGCUUAAGGUGGUUAUUCCAGAGCCAUGUUUCUUACACCAGUGUGAUGUCAUUUUGUUUUUAAUAUCUCUCUUUAAGCAAGAUUUACAACUAGCUGACAUGAAAACAGUUUUAUUUUUAGGGCCCAUAACAGUUGAGAACAGCAUUACAACAGUAAAUUAUAACAAGAAUCCUUACCCUCAGUAGAAAAAGUAGACAUUGAUCCCAAUAAUUCAGUUUGCCCUCCUCAUAAAGUCGGAUGUAGGAAUGGUUGAUGACUUCACAGUGCUCAGCACCAUCUGUAACUCCUCCGAUAUUGAAACUGUCCAUGUCCAUAUGCAACAGUCUCGGGCUGAUAAGUGGCAAGUAUCAUUCACACGAUUCAAGUGCCAAGCAAUAAAUCUCUCCAAGAGAGACUCCAACCAUCACACCUUGACAUUCAAUGGCACUACUGUAAUUGAAUUUCACUGCUGUCAACAUCCUGCAUGUUACCAUUGACCAGAAACUGAACUGGUCCAAUCACAUAAAUACUGUAUCAACAAAAGCAAGUCCAAAGCUUGGAUUCUGAAUAACUUCCUGUCCGAUUCCCUAAACCCUAUUCACUACUAAAUGGUAAAAGUUAGGAGUGUCAUGGAUUACUCUGAACUUAACUGGGUGAGUGCAGCUCCAGUAGCACUCAGGAAGCUUGACACCAUCAGACAGAGCAGUCCACUGGAUUGGCACUAUAACCAUCACUUUUAACAUUUUCUCCCUUCAGCACUAUCCUUGAGUGGCAGCUCUGUGUACAAUCUGCAAGAUGCAUUGCAGCAAUGCAACAGGAUUCCUUCCUCAGCACAUCCUUUUUCUUUUAAAGACAAGACCCUACUAUUGCUCAGCCAAAAUCCUAGAAGUCUCUUCCUCACAGCUCUGUCAGUGUAUGUGAACCACAUAUGGAUUGCAGCAGUUCAAGAAGGCAACUCACCAGGCCUUCUCCAGGACAAUUAAUGCUGGCCUAAUCAGUGACACCUACAUACAAUGAAAACAAAUUUUAAGGAAACCUUGAAUCUAUUAUAGUAGAUGUCUAACCCCCUCGUGAUUAGUUGUUCUUUUUGUUCUCAUUAUUACAUAAUAUUUUUCAAUCAAACUUUGGUUAAAUGUUGCCAUCCUGCAGAGUUACUUUGUCUGGUAGUAUAAUUUAAGAAAUAGAUUAAAGAAAUGUCGCCCUUGGAAUUGUUAAAAGAUAGGCAGUUUAUAAUUUGCAUUUUUUGCAUAUUUUAAUUCAGUUAAAAUCAAAUCUGUAACCUGUAAAGUUCAGAAAUUUCUCAACCACUUAUUUAAAAUGACAGAAGGAUUGAAAAGAUUAAGUAAAAUGAGACUCUUUCUUCUUGUCCUAAAAUAUUGGGCCAGAUCUUCUGACGUCAGAAUCAUGAACAUUGAAAUACUUGCCGCUGGUGCAUAUCAGGACCUUUUUUGAAAGUCCUUGUCCACACGCACAUUACACUGCCUUUUUGUGUGAUGCUCACACAGACUAAUGUUCUGCUGUUAUUGAAUUCUGGCACAAAUUAAUUAGUAAAGGCAGAGUCGACUCUACCACCAGCUACUCCAUCACACCUGAUUAACCAAACACCCAGUCAGUUACUCAGUGAUCUCAUGAUUAAAAGCCUUGCGACCUUAAAACUUACCUCAACGCAACAGUUGAUGUGCAGGAAAAUGGAGUGUUCCUCAUCAUCGUCAUUCUUUGCAGAUGGCUAUGGUGAGAGAUUUGUUACUAGACAAAGACACAGAUGCAAAGAUCCAAAAGGUAGGGGAUAAAAUGACCCUUGCAGUCAGCAACAACUACUGCAGUGUCACUGCUGACUGGAAGACCUGACCCAUUAAUAUUUUUAUUCAAGAGUAAAUAUUCAAAGUGCUUCUUUACAUAGGGUAUGAAAAUCUGAAAUACUUGCCCCAAAUGUCUGUGAAUUGGGGUAACUUGAAGAUUCUGAGAUGGAGAUUAAUAAUUUUUUGUUAGCAAUGGAAGUGGAGGAUGGCAGGCACAGGGAAAUUGCAGAUGAAUAAUUUUGAGGCCCAGGUUAUCCAUUAUACUUAAUGACAGAAGAGGUUCAAGGAUCUAAAUCUCCUAUUUGUAGUCCUUUUUGAUUUCUUUCACUUUUAUAAAUGAUCCAUCGUAAUGCAAUAAAUUGCUUGAUGCACUAGGUUAGUUUUUGAAUAAUCGUCUUUGUUUUUUAAUAGUUAUCGAAAUAUAUUCUUUCACUUUACCUACAAAAUCCAAGUUUUUUUUUUGCUUAGCCCAUAAAAACAACUACAGUGUUAAUGGCAUUUCAGUAAAUGCUGGUGAUAUACCAUUAAUGUAUUUUGGUGGCGUUGCCAAUAAUUAUAUCUAAAUAGAUUUUUAUUAGUGUGAUUUAGAGUUAGUUAUUGAGCCUUGUUUGUGUAUUUUUUUAAAUUUCCAAGGCAAGGUAGCAUCAGAGUUUUAGGAUUUUACUAUAUAGCUUUUUAAAGUUGGAUAGCAAGGAGCAAUGUUGCAGAUGCUGGAAAUCUGAAGUGAAAUUACAAAAUGUUAGAAGCACACAACACACUCAACAGCAGUGUCUGUAAAGGAGGAAGAUGCCAGUUUGACACCCUUUCUUACACGUGCAGACCUGAUUAAGAUCGGAUGAGGCCUACCUUCCUUGAUCCACAGAUGCUGCCUGGCCUGUUGAGCUUACAGGAUUUUUGGUUUCCACCAAAAAAAUUGGUAUUUUCUAAAAUAUCAGAAACUGGACAAAAUACCUUUUUUGUUUUGCAGUUGAGUAUUUCCUUUUGAACUGCAGGAUUUUGUCAGUCCUCAGAAUUAUCGAUUUAUUUUUAAUCGAUCAGUUUAGGAAGGUUAUGACCCAUGUGGAACCUGUGGUGUUUGAACCCAGGCCUUCGGCUCAGAGGUAGGAAUACUACCACUGCAUCAUGAUAGCUGUCCUUAGAAUGAUAUGAUUAAUUUCAUUCACUGGGUGGGAGUAAAUGCAGUUGAUAUUGGACCACCCCAUCAAUUCGAGAACCAGUGAGAAACCCACGUUGCAACUGAGAAGGAGCUCCGCCUGAUGAUGGGGUUGGCCACUGGCCCUCACUAAUGUUCAGUACACCAGGCUGGAAACCUCAACAGCUCAAAGGUCAGUAGCUCUUCAAAGGUGGUGCAAGAGUGGAAGGUGACUGCUGCUAGUAAUGCAUCCAAAGUGAGGCCUAGGAGCACUGAAGUACAGGCCACAGACAAGUGCAGGGUGGGAUUGGAAUCAUAAGGCGAAUGGAGUAGCGUGUUUUGAGGCCACUUUCUGUGACCAAACUCUGCCCAAUAAUGGGGUCAUUUGAUAAGGAACCAAGUACCUUUUUUUUAUUUUGAAAGAGGCAGGAACCACCUCACAGCUCCCAGAAGACCAGGUUUGCCUGCUGACACUCUACAUGCAUGGGAAAGCCAUGCCACUCAUGGGCCAUCCCUGAGCCAUCAUUAAAUUCUUGUGGGUUCAUGGAUACUUGGUGUAUGUUGGUACAGUAAUCAGACUAAACCAGCAGGCAAGUUUUUUUUCUCCCCCCUCCAUGGCCCAUUCCCACCUCCAACUUACAGGAGAUUUUCCCACUGUUUGGAGCCAAACGUAAGGCCUCUCUCUGGGUAUUAAGUGGGCCUAGUCACCAUACUCCUGCCAUGAUGGGCUCCAUUAAAUCCAGCCCACUGUGUUAACAUGAGUGUGUAAUUCAGUAUAGAGGAGUACCAAUCACAUAUUUGAUUAUAUUGCUCUGUUCUUUGAGAGUUAUUAUUUGCAGGCAGAUAGUUCAGAGUUUUCAAAAAAAAAAUUGGAUCCAAUUUUAAAAACAUUUAAAUAUUGAUAGUUCACCACUAGUACAGCUGCCUUGUAAAUACUUCGUGAAUAUUUCUUUCAUAAUUAACAUUCUUCUACAAUUAUCAGUAUAAAAAAUGAGCUUUAUUAACACUAUGGAUAGAAUGUCGCAUACCAGAAGUUAUUUUUCUACAUUCUUGAAGUAUCUUUGUACUUAUUGCCCAGAUGAUAAGAUUUGAUCUAUUUCUUCUGUAAUUCUUUUUUAAAGGUUUUAUUAAUAGAAUGUUUAACUUAUAAUUCCUUUAAAGCUAUGCUUUUUAAGUAAUAAGUGUUCAGAAUGGAUUUCCAUAAUUUAAGGCUUUGAUGUUUUGCAAUGAUUGUUUGAAAAAAAAAGUCAGAGACUUGCAAUUUGUUUGAUCUGUACACAUAAAAAGGAUGAUGAGAAACAUUUGCUGCAUGUGUUUGUUAUUCUGUAUAAUUCAUGUAGUAAGUUCCAUGUGGAUUGGAUUCAUGGAAAAAUAUGGUAUUAUCAAAUAAAGAUUUAUUACAAUA